UUGAAGAUAGAACAAAUAACCUGCAAUCAAUAUCGCCUUAAUUCUGUCAGUUUAACUAUUGUGUAAGGUUGAAUAUGGUAAAAAGUAAACUUUAGUACGAAUAGGAUUGGUGCUCCUAUACAACCUUCAGGCUUUACUUAAUCAUAAAGGUUUCGUAGAAGUAAAGGACUUGUUGAUAUCAAAUAGGAUAAAGCUUAUAAGAAAAAGAUAAGAAUAAAAAACAACAGAUUACGUGGGUAGCUUAACUGCAUAAAGCGGCUGAAUCAAAAUGCUGAGAGAAGGAACAUGGAGUAUUCUGCUACUUCUAGUGAUGUUUGUAACCACAAAAAGCAUCUCAACAGAGAGAAAGAAAGAAUGCAGAGGAGUCAUCAUUCAUAAUCAAAAGGUUCUUAACUGCAGUCAUCGAAGCCUGUCGUAUAUUCCAAAGACUGAAAAACACGUUAUGGACUUGAUAUUCAGUUACAAUGAUUUAAGAAACAUCUCAUCUGAAACAUUUGGAAAUAUAAGCGAUCCGGACAGUCUGAUUAGCCUCGAACUUGAUCAUAACAAUAUUCAGAACGUUUCUCGAAGGGCCCUUGAUAACUUUCAAAAUUUGAAAUAUUUACAUCUGUCAUAUAAUCCAAUAUACUACGGAAAUAUGAAAAAUAUGUUAGGUGAUUUGUCUAACUUGAAACUUCUUUCCCAUCUUGUUAUGGAUGGAAUCGGCACCAUAACCGUUCAAAAAGAUUUGUUUUCCUUGAUGAGAACAAACAGGAUAGAAACACUAGAUAUUGCAUAUUACAACAUGAAAACACUUUCAAUGGACUCCUUCGAAAAUUUUAACAAUUUAGCAGUUUUGUACUUAAACGACAAUCAUAUUGAAAAUAUAAAGCCUUCUCAAAAUAAGCAUUUAAAACACUUAUACCUUAACUACAAUAAGCUUAGGUCAUUCCCAGACUUUUCAGUCAAUGGAAGUGAAAAAGAGUGCUUCUUCCCGAACCUUGAGAUUCUCGCUGUCGGAAGUAAUGAUAUUGAAGAAAUUGCUUCCGACAAUUUUAAAUGUUUGUUGAAAUUGAAAUCACUGCGACUCGAUCAAAAUCCCAUUCAAGUAUUACCAAAUAGCUUCUUGUCAAAAUUACCAAAUCUUGAAAUACUGGAGCUGAGGUUUCCAGAUCCCGGUAUUUUGACAGUAAAGCCAUUGGCUUUCAAAUCAACAUCACUCAAAAAGUUAUUACUUGAAUUUGAUAGACCUGUCACAGAAGUGUUUGACUCCUUCUCUGACACGUUUAGAUGUGUGCCUAAUUUGGAAACCUUAAAAUUGGGGUUCAUGAGUAUGUAUCGAUUAAAUAACCAGCAAUUCUCUGCAUUAUUUUCACCACUCGCUAACAUCAGUAUGUUUAAAUGUUUUGCAUGUCAGAUUUCACAGGAUCCAAAAGUCAUAUUGAAUCAUAUGAGAAAUGUUCUCGAAUUUGAUCUUCAGUCGAAUCGAAUUACAACAUUAAGUGAUGAAACAUUUAAAAAUAACAAACAUUUGAGGUAUCUCAGUUUAAGAAAUAAUGACAUUGCACAUAUAAAAGAGUCGGCCCUACCUAUUUCAUUUCUGAAUAGUCUACAUUCAUUAGAUCUGAGUCAAAAUCAUUUCGCAUGUGACUGUAACCUGGAAUGGCUAAUCAACUGGAUGAAAACAAAGCAAGGUGAGAAAAAGAAAGUGAUUUCAAGAUAUCCACAGGAAUACGUUUGUUCACUUCCAAUCCAAAAGUCUAAAAUGCGACUGUCUGAUAUAUCGUUCACGUACAAAGAAUGUCACCCAUGGAGUCCUUGGAUAUGGGUCGCUAUUAUUGCCUCGCCUUGUGUUAUUGUUAUAGGUAUUACAGUACUUAUACUGUAUAGAAAUAGAUGGAAUAUCAAACAUUACAUCUAUUUGUUAAGAAAGAGAAGGGAUUAUCAAGUUCUUAAUGGGCAGAACUUUGUGUACGAUGCCUUCGUUGGAUACGAGGCCGAUGAUUCGGCGUGGGUACGUCGGAGACUAUUACCUGUCCUUGAAGAUGAAGUUGGGUUAAAAUUGUGCAUUCAUGAAAGGGACUUUCAACCGGGCGCUUUUAUAAAUGACAACAUUGUAACCAAUAUAGACAUGAGUGAGAAGAUCAUUAUUGUUCUAACUAAUGGAUUUGCUCGUAGUGAAUGGUGUAUGUUUGAACUGAAAGUUGCACAUUCUAAACUGAUCAAAGAUGGAACGGAACUGGUGGUCAUUCUUUUAGAGAAAAUUGAUGGAAGACAUGUGAAUCACUCGUUAAAAGUUCUGUUCGAUACAACGACAUACAUAGAAUGGACAGAGGAUCUGGUAGGUCAGGAACUGUUCUGGACAAAACUGAAAAAUGUUUUGAAAAAGUAAAGACAGGCAAACGAUGACUGACCUUACAGUACGCUUUUUUAAAAACGGCUGUAUAAUGUUCAUGAACAUACAGCAUUUAACUUCAUAAAACAAAUCUCAUUUCAUUGAAAAUAUACCUUUUUUCUGAGGACGAUUUAGUUCCAGCUCCAUUUGUUUUAAGCAGAAAUAUUGCAAAGCAACACUUUAUUGUAAAUUGACAGCAAUUUUACCACAUACCGAGAGCUGAGCAAUAACUCUUUACAGAGUAAACAUCAAAAGUCCAGAUUUAAUAAAUGCUACUGUAUGCCUGCGCGUGUGUUCGUGUGUCUGUCUGUUAAAAAGAGAGGAAUACCAUACCUUUGAAUUGUGAAGUUUGUUGAUCAGUAAAUAUAACGGGAAAUUUAACUAAUUCUGUCUUGGCAUAUUGUACUUGGUACCGGUCAGUAGAUUAUAAUGAUUUUGUAAAUAAUGUGUUUUGGCCAAAAAUGUAAUAAUAUCUUUAUUGUAUGUAUCAGUUUCAAGUAUUUGAAAGAGAGUUUGGAAGGUUAUAGUGGUUUAGUGAAAGGCACUGAGCCAAACAUUAUAUAUAUGUCAGAAUGUAUUUUUUUAUCAAUCAAUUAGAUUGUGGGUUAUUGAAUACAUACAAGCGAUCAUGCACUGGCUUUGUAAGGAGAUUACGGAUGUAUGUCACAUCCGAUAAUAUUGAAUCAGGUAAAGCGGUCCUUUCAUGCAAGUAAGUAAUGGAGGAAGAUAAACGUGAAGAUAAAGUCGGUGACAGUGAGAAAUAGUAAAUUCAUUGAAGCGUAGUGCUGACCUUACAUUUCAAUACUUUGUAGAUCUUUUCUCAUUUAUUUUGUUUUUGCGCUUGAAACAUAAAUGUAUAGCAUGUGUGCUUAGAGUAGUUUUGAGUCGUUUAAUUCUAUAAAAGAUUGCUGUUUUUAUCAAACAACUAGAUGACGAGUACUACAAAUAUGCCAUGUUACUUCCAGUUAUGUUAUAAUAUUGUACAAAUCAUAAAUGAUGUUGUUGUACAUACUCAACACCUUAAAAUGACAACAUAUUCACAUAAAGCAAGUUGUGCAAAUAAAUGGUGCGCAGAUUUUGCAUUAAGUUUUUGCAAAGCCUUCCUAAAGCUAUUACUAAUAAAGUGUUAGGAUGUUUGCAAAAUGAAGAACGGAAGUUCAAGCUUUGAUUACUCGAUACCCGUCAGUUAUCUAAAAAUAUUCGUUAAUCGUGUGAUGGCGUACGCGAAUAAGCAUAGUAGAGACAUAGGAUUCGUACCUGGCAUUUUCCGGUUUUAUGAAAAUACAAUUUUCUGCACAUUUUAGAUACAUUCAUGACAUUCAUGGACGAAAUAGGGCACUUGUAUUAGCUUUUUUGAGUCCAAGCAAAUAUAUUAUCUCAUUUGACAGCCAAUAAUAUGAAGUUUUAGUACAUCUAUUUCUUAGUUGCCAAAACGAGACGAAUCACAAAAUUUUCAAGACGGCUUCAAAUAUGCAUGGCCGCUUUAAUUUUUCAAAUUUUCUUCUUUUACAAAAGGAAGCCUAUAUACUAUUAAAUUAAUGAAUUUUAAUGAAUUUUAUCAUGAGAAUGGUUUAAAUGUAUAAAAUCAACAUGUUUUAUGUAUCUUUUUUUCCGUUUAUUUUUGGUGUAUGAGAUUAUUAUAAAAAUAAUGCAUAAAAAUUGGCAUUUUUUACGAUUAAUCCCAAUUACGCAACUUGUCAAUAUUUAUCAUUUCAAAAGCGUACAUGAAAUAAUGUUGUGUUAACUUUUACAUCUAUGUUGCAUAUUCCUACUCGAAUGUAGUGUAUACUUUUUUGCCAGGUAUGCCAUACUAAGCAGAAAAAGUAUGUUUGUUUACAUAUAAACAACAGGUCGAAAAUUAGUUUAGCUCACAUAACGAUCCUCAUAUUAUAGUGUUUUGAUAAAAUGUGAACUUGUAAGCCAUCAAACUGUGUUAUUGUGAUUCUGGUUCAUAUAGAUAGAAAAUAAAGUUUCAAUUGACUAUCGUCAGUAAAUUGCGAAAAUCCGGGGAAAUAACUCUUCGUUUAGGGAAACGUUUUGCUAUAUAAUACUAUGAAAAACUGACUUACACACGUACUGGAUUAAUGUUUAUAAGUCUUUCUUAGUGGAAAGCAUUAUUUUGCACAAAAUAUAUAUACAGUUUUAUUCGAUGUAAUCUAUCUGUUGAAAUAAAGUGACUUUUUGGAUGGACAUUGAUGUAACUGUUUCGUUCUUAUAAAAGAAUAUGGAUGUAUCUUGACACUGACUUUAUUUAAAACCCAUUUUCAUUCCUUACCUACACCAGUAUAUAAAUGUUUUACAUUGUUAUCUGAGGUACAUUAUUCCGUAUAUCUGUAUCGUUAAAUAGGAAAUGUUUUAAUACCCCUCUCACAUCUGUUAACUAUGAAUUGUGAUUUUACAUUAUUUCUUUUAAUAAACACUAUGAUAUCAUAGAAA